AUGGCGGCCGAAAGACGGCUCGCCCCGCCUCCCCGCCCCACAACCCCUCUCAAGAUGGCGGCACGGAAGGGCCGGCGGCCGGGCCGGAGUGCGCCUGCGCGCCGCGGCCCGGAGUGCAGUGAAAUUCCUGGCGGGCGGGGGGAGGAGGAGGUGGCGGCGCGAGGGGGAUGUGAGCGGGGAAGGCUCCGUGGUGUGAGGAGAUGUUUGUCAGGCACCGAAGAGGAGGGAGGUUUCCCCCCUGGAAACGAGCUCAACAAAAAUCCAGUGGAAGGCUUUUCAGCGGGCUUAAUAGAUGACAAUGAUCUUUAUCGAUGGGAAGUCCUUAUUAUUGGUCCUCCAGAUACACUAUAUGAAGGUGGUGUUUUCAAGGCUCAUCUUACUUUUCCAAAAGACUAUCCACUGAGGCCGCCAAAAAUGAAAUUCAUCACAGAAAUCUGGCAUCCAAAUGUUGACAAGAAUGGCGAUGUCUGCAUUUCAAUUCUUCAUGAGCCUGGAGAAGACAAAUAUGGCUAUGAAAAACCUGAGGAACGCUGGCUUCCCAUUCACACAGUGGAAACUAUAAUGAUUAGUGUUAUUUCUAUGCUGGCAGAUCCCAAUGGUGAUUCUCCUGCUAACGUUGAUGCAGCGAAAGAAUGGAGAGAAGACAGAAAUGGAGAAUUUAAAAGAAAAGUUGCCCGCUGUGUAAGAAAAAGCCAAGAAACUGCUUUUGAGUGACACUUAUUCAGCAGCUAGUAGCUUCACUUUUUUCAGGGUGAUGAUUUUGGAUUUAUGCAUCUUCUGUUUAGAGGUCUCCAAUUGAGAAACAUGGCACUGUUUUUUUUCCUGCACUCUACCCACCUAUUGCUGGACUUCUGUUGUUACAAGUUGGCAAACACUGGCUGGAACUGGGCUGCAAUAAAACAUGCCAGUUAUCAAUGCUGACAAGAGCCUAACAAGUGCCAACACAAGAUGAUUACGCAUUUUGAAAUCUAAUGAACUGCUUUAACCUUCAGGAAGAAUUGUAAAGAUGUGUACAUAGCACAACAUGAUCCGGAUAAUAUAUAUACUGUUCAUGUACAUCCACAAAUACACAUUGUACCAAAUAAUGCUGUCUGUAGUUAGGAAUAGAAUCGUGUAAAUUCUAAAGAUUUUAGCAGGUUUUUCUCUCCCUAUUCAUUGUUUCCUAUCAGUUUAAAAAAAAAAAACCAACAAAAAACAAAAACAACAACUUGUGAAGCAUGUCAAACUAAAACCAAUUAGGAUAAAGUUGUGGGUUUUUUUCCCCACUUUAAUUUUCCUUUGACCCACUGAGGCUUAAUUAAAAUCUCUUGCUUAUUAAAGUUUAGUAUCUCUUUUGGUUUUUGGAAAUGUGCUCCCUUUUAUUUCCCCCAACAGAACUUAAAAUUUUCCUAAUUAAACCCUGAAAGGAUUUGCUAUUAAUUACUUGCGUCUUCUUUUAUGAUGACCUUUGUAAUCUCAAAGGUGCUUUUUUUUUCCUUCCCACCCCUUUUUUUUUUAAACCCAAUUGCACAUCUUGAAUUGGGUAUAGCAAUAAAACUGGCCGUGGAGCACCCUUGAGCAGCCUGCUGGAUUUUUAACUUCCAAGGGACUUGAGCGCUUUCAUUUGGAAGUUCAGUUGACUAAGUUAGUCCAAGAUAGAAAUGAGCUGCUUUUUAUGGGUGAUUUUUUUUUUUGCCUUUUUCAUUGCCUGUUUGUGGGGCGGGGUGUGUGUGGGGGAGGCUUGUUUUUUCUCAAGGUUGAGUUCAAGCAUGCACAUCUGUAGGCUUUCAGCUGACUAACUUCUGGGUUUGGUAUCAAAAAUAGUUUCCCUCCUUUUUCCCUUUUCUCUCUUCUGUGGCCCUUCAUAUUCUUUGCCUUCUACUUCAGAGUUUUCCUCACCUAAUGUACAAAGAAAAUUGCGAUGUAUAUUUUCAUGUAAUUUGAUUUUUGGAAUUCUGUCACCUUCUGUAGUGAGUUCUUCCAAAAUAUAAUUUUUUCCAAUAAUAAUGUGGCAAACUGGCUGUCUUGAGUAUCUAAAUAGGAAGGGUAACUGCAGUUGGAGCAGAACUUACCUGAACAUCUUCAACAACAUAACAUCAGCAAACAUUUGUUGAAUUUGACAUACUGUAUUUAAUCUCAAAAUAAUUAAAAAGCAAACAAAACACACACCUUUCUUCCUAUUGUAACCAUCCUUGACCCUCCAGUGAGCAAAUACUAAUCUUGGAGUACCUGGUAACAAGAGUUUUCCAAGCCUACCUGAAAUAGCUUUCUACCAAAGAAACUUUAUAAAGGAGCUUGCAACUACUUGACUGUUCUCUGCUCUGUCACAGGUUUACAACAGCUUUUCACAGCACAGAGUAACCCACUAAUAAAUCAAAAGUUCCAGCGUUAGAGAGUCAUCUUGUAAAAAGCUUUCAGUACUAAUUUGCUAGCUGGCUGCACUUCGUUUCAGGUUGCUGUGCCACAUGCAUAUACUAAAAGGCAUAUAUUACAGGUUUCUUGAGGGGUGGAAGGAGAUGAAUGGUUAUUUGUGGCAAUACAGCCAUAUGGGACAAAAAAGCCAUUUAGUACGUGUAAGAUGACUUACAAGUAAAGGUAUUGCUUCUUCCUGCAGGUGUUUUAGGUAAACAUAGAUGUGUUUAAUGUCCAUAUUUACCUAUUUGGUAACUAAUUAUUUUGAGAAAUCAUUAGUUAAAUUUGCUUUUAAUUGGAUAGCCUGCUCAUGGUAGGCAGGCAGAUGUGUGCAGUACUUCAGAGCUAUUAGUGCCCAGAUACAACAGCUGAUUUUAGUUCCCGUUUGAGUGCUGGUCUAAAAUUGCUUGAGAGGAGGUUUCUUGCCCAUCAGCUGGCUACCCUUUUUCACUUACCGAAGAGUUGGGAUUGUGCAGAAUCUCAGUGGCAUGGUGCUAUUCUUUCCAUAAACAAAACAUGGGGAAGAAGCUACUCUUCCUAAACCUAGCAGUGGACUUCUUCCCCCCCCCCCCCCGGGGCUGCCCUUCCUUUUCCCUUUCCACAGUGUUUCUAAAGAGCUGGCAGCAAUUCAAGAUAGUUGGUACUUGCUGCUUUCAGCAAGUUCAACAGUGUUCUCUGUUUUGUCUUCUUAAGUAACACAUACAGUUCACAACUGACUCAUCUGUAAACUUCACAAAAUAGUUAAAGCUUUAUUUUUCUCAUUUGUUCUCCAGAAGAGCUGCUUGUUGUUCUUCAAGGGGUAGGCCUGGAAACAUUGGUCUUGCAUCAGUGGUAUGGAAGAACUGUUAAUUCCACAGCAGUGUUGGUUCCCCUCUUUCUAAAUUAUUCAAACAUAAACCCACUUCUGUUUGGCUUGCGCAGAUGGUUUGUGAUUCCACAUGACCCAGAUAUUCUAAAGGAAGGAGUGUUGCUGUGAGGUGCUGUUAUGACGUACAAGCUGCAGGUAUGGCUAAUGCCCAAAGACUUAAUGAAAGAGGCAGCUAAGGGUCUGGUGCCAAACGUCCAGGUUGUAGAAUGCCUCUGGCAGGCAUAGAAAUGGCCUAUUUAACUUAUCUGUGAUCGCAGUUGGCUUUUUGUUUGUUCUUGCCCCACAUGUGAAAGGGAUCUGGCUAUGACGGUUACUAAUAAAACCGGAAAUUUCUGCUUAGCCUCAAGAUAGGAACGCCGUUGAAGAGAUGCAGUACAUACGAGUAGUACUAGAAUACUUGUUGAACAAUCAACUAAACCAGCAUUCUUACUCAGUUUCACUUGUACCAAGAUCUUGUAUCUAGUUUGGUUUAUGCAGGCUGUCAGCGUACUGGAUGAUCAGUUACACUUUUUCUAGUUCUCUGGAGGCUUGUAAUUAUGGCUGAGUUUUUGUGCUGUUUUUUCCCCCAACACGUGGUGGCCUGCUUCCCAGAUAACACUGCAUCACUGAGGGAGAAGGAAAAGCAAAGCAUGGAAUUUUAAUAAAUAUCAAAGUAGUAUAGCCAUCCUAAUUCCUUUUUUGUAUUUCUCCAUGCUGCCCCUUAUGCAUCAGAGAAGAUCUCUGUAAAAAUCAGAAGGGUUCUUCAGCUGUCAUGCUAAAAUUCUUUCCAGCUGUGAUGCUUAGAAAAUGCUUAUUGAAACUAGAUGAUCAAUAAAUGGAGAACAUUAAUUC